AUGCGUCGGCUUUCGAGGAGCACGGCGGUGCUGGUUCUGGCCGCGUGCUCUGCACCUGGAUGUUUCGCGGAGCAGCCGCCAUCUCUCACGGAGACCUUCAAGGCCGUCAUCUUAUCGCACCAGCGACCGCCAUCUUCUCCCGGGCCUCCUGCCACCGGCGCAGCGCCGGCGACGGCGACGGCGGUGCACCCCCUCGCCCCGGGCGUCGCCGCGGCCUACCCCGCGGGCGUGGAGCUAGCGGCGGAGGCACUCGCUGACGACCUCGUGCAGUCCUUGUCCGCGCUUCUCGUGCGGGAAAGGGCGGCGGCGGCGGGGGAGCGAUCUCCAGCCGCGGCGGAGUGGACUCUGGCGAAGCUGACGGGCGUCUCUCUCGAGCCUUGGCACGAGGAGGCGGAGCGGCCGGAUCCAGAAGGGCAGAGGCUAAGGGGUGCGGCGGGGGUAGCGCUCGAGGGCUCCACGGCGGUCGGCGGGGCGAACGGGAACGCCUCUCCCCCGGCGGAAGCGGAAACCCGUGGAUUGUUUGAGGAGGAAGAGAACGAGGGGGGGGGGCUCGGACUGGCGGGGAGCGCGGGGGCGCUGGAGUUCGGGGAGGAAGACUUCCUCCAGAUCGAGAGCACGUGGGUGAACAUUGCCAUGACCAGCGUCUGCGUGGUGUGCGCCGGGCUCGCCGCUGGGCUGACGAUGGGCCUGCUGUCUAUCGAACCGCUCGAGAUGGCCAUCAAGCAGCGCAGCGGCACCCCGGAGGAGCAGCAGCAGGCAUCGCGCAUCCUACCCCUCGUCAGCCGGCACCACUUCUUGCUGGUGACGCUGCUGCUGUUCAACAGCCUGGCCAAUGAGGCGCUUCCCAUCUUUUUGGGGAACCUGGUGCCCUCGUGGCUGGCCGUCAUCCUGUCGGUGUCUCUCGUUCUCUUCUUCGGGGAGAUCUUCCCUUCCGCCGUCUUCACGGGGAAGAACCAGCUCGCCAUCGCUUCCGGCAUGUCCUGGCUCGUCUACACCCUCAUGAUGGUGCUCGGGCCCGUGGCCUGGCCUAUCGCGUGGAUGCUGGACCGCGUCUUGGGCAUCGAGGGGUUCAAGAGGUACAACCGGGCCGAGAUCUCCGCGCUCGUGGAGGUGCAGCAGGAGCUGUCCUGCGAGGACGUCACCAACCUCCCCCUGCACGCGGACGAGGUUUCCAUCGUUAACGGCGUUCUUCUCACGGCGGAGAAAAGCGUGGCCGAGGCCAUGAUCACCAUGGACAAGGUUUUCUGCCUGGGUAUCAACGAGAAGCUGGAUGCGAACACCAUGGCCGAUGUCAUGGCGGCCGGCUACAGCCGCGUCCUCGUGUACGAGGGGGAGGACACCAGGAACAUCCGCGGCUAUCUGCAGGUGAAGAAGCUGAUCGUGCUCAACCCGGACGACGAGCGCGUCAUCAGCUCGCUCAUGCUGCGCGUGCCCGUGGUGGUUUCCCCCAAGAAGAGCCUGCUCGAGCUGCUCAACACCUUCCAGACUGGAAAGUCUCACCUCGCCCUUGUCAGCUCAUCCCCAGCCAUCACUCUCGAGUCUCUGAAGCGUGGUGUGCCGCUGGAGGGGGCCGCGAGGCCCAUGGGCAUCAUCACCCUGGAGGACAUCAUAGAGGAGAUAAUCCAAGAGGAAAUCAUGGACGAGAGCGACCGCCUGUCCCAGUUUAUCGAAGACCGCGCGAAGGACACCCUGUUGAGGUUCGCCAGGAGGAGGCAGGAGCGUCAGAGCGUCGGCCAGAUCAACCCGCGCCUGGCCUCCUUCACCACCCCCCGCAGAUUGGCAAUAAGUGAUGAGUACUAUUAA